ACAGCUGAUCACAUGUAAAUAGGGAAAUGUCAGCUAUUGGCAUUUCUCUCCCCACGAGCUGUCACGCUGCCUCUCAGUGCCACCCAUCAGUGCUAGUCAGGGUCACCUAUCAAUGCCAGUCAGUGCCACCUAUCAGUGCUGCCAAUCAGUGUCACCUAUCAGUGCCAUCAGUGCCGCCUAUCAGUGUGCAUCAGUGCCCCUCAGUGCUGCCUAACAGUGCCAGUCAGUGCCACCUAACAGUGCCAGUCAGUGUUGCCUAUCAGUGCCAGUCAGUGCCACAUAUCAGUGCCGCCUAUCAGUGCCAUAUAUGAGUGCUGCCCUUCAGUGCCCAUCAGUGAUGCCUGUCAAUGCCCAUCAGUGCCACCUACCAGUGC